GCUUCAACGCGACGGCGAUGGCGGAGUAUGAGGCGAGUUUGAAGUUCUUAUACGGUGAGCAUCAGCGUUUGCGGCAGACGUCGGCGGAACAUGAGGCGAGGUUCGAUUCGUUGGAUUUGACAUUGAAAAAGAUAAAGCAAACUUUAUCGGCGUUGUCGAAUCACCUUGAGAAACGUUCGAUGCAACCGGAGUCUUCGCAUCAAGCUUUACAGCUUCCGAUCUUCAUCGGAGGUGAUCCAAAACAGUGGAUCGCAAGGAUUGAAGCUCAAUUUGUUGGUGGUGAGUGUUCAGAGAAGGAGAAGUUGGCGUUCGUUUCCAAUUUUCUCGGCGGCCAAGCAAAAUCUUGGUUCCACAAGGAACAAUCCUGGAUUCCUUUCAAUAGUUGGAACGAGGUGAAAGAUGGUUUAUUGUUAAUGUUUGGAAACGAUAGGGAUCAAAAGCGUGUAGGUUUGGAGCUGGAUCGCAAACUAGAACAGUGGAUCAAUGAUUUUGAUCGCAAGCAUCAAAAGUCAGAAAACACUUUGGGCACAAGUGUCGACGUGAUUCAAGAGAUAGAAUCAAGUGAUGACAUUGUGUUGCAGGCGAAAUUGAUUCCACAACAUGCUUCCGCUUCGAGGGAAACGUUUUCACAGUUUCAGUGUGCACUCCAAGUGUUCGGUACAAUGACUCUAAGAGACAAAAGAAGGCAGCAACGACGUAAGCAAAGCAAACAUCCUAAGGCUUGGCGAUUUAAGUUCAAAAUGAUGUCAAGAAUAAGCCAUCUCAAGGAUUCUUGUUCUUUUGCUUCUGUUGGAUCAAAUGGGAAACAUAACAGCUUUAAGCCUUGGAGAAGGAUGAGACAGUCACCUCAGUCACAGUUUAUUUGUAAAAUGAGAAUGAGACUGGAUUUAAGAGGACUGUAUCAGCUUUGUUGUGGUGAGGUGAAGUUUCACAUGAAGCGUAAAUGGACCCUGCAACUUCAUAACACAAAGCCUGCAACUUCUCCAAUUUCUGCUGCCACAGGUUUGGAGGAUGAGGAAAGACACACUCUUAAGUCUCAUAAGAGGAUGAGGCAUACACAUAUGAAUUGGUUGAUGUGUAUAUCGAGGUUGAGACUUGAUUCAAGCAGCAUGAAGCAAUUUAAUACUUCUGAUAUGCAGCCUAAGUUCUGGAGUAAAGUAGAAUCAGGGGAUGAAAUUGUUCUUGCACUCGAAGAAGCACAAACGGGUAUUCGUCUUUUACCUUCUUCUGCUGCACAGUUCAGGCUACAAGAGAAUGUGUUUGUGGAAUCGGUUUUCCACAGCCACACGGUCUUGAAAGCUUCUCCAAUGGUGUAUGGGAAGCUACAUUUACAAACUAGAGUAGCAAUGGAUAUUCCGGAGCAUGCGGUUAGCUCACUAAGGGUUCCUGCAUUCAACACACUUUUGGAAGACCGUGAUGCAACAAUAAUGACACAUUUUCUCCAUGGUGAUGAGAGGUUUCAAGUGUUUCACAAGUGGAGAAGUAAAGCACUUAGAUUCUGGCGGAGGAAUAUAUACAGGAAUAAGUAUCAUGUGCUGUUUUCUUUUGUUCAGAAAAUGAAGGCUUCACAUGUUCUUGUUGUUACGGCAAUAGUUUGGAAUAGAAAGACACAUCUGGGGAUUGCAAGACUCAAAGUUUGGCAUCGUUGGAAACACAAAGUUGGGAAGUUGCAACCAUGUUCAGAAUUUAUGCUGUGGAGUUUGGUCCAUUUUCAAUCUGGUGAAGGGAUCAGUCUAAGUGAGCUUGGUUCAAUUCCUUUGUGUUUUUGCCGUGCCUUCUUGUGGCGAGGCUGGUCUAUUCAUGAGAGUUCAUGACCUAGUGAGAGACUUGCCGCAUCUAUUUCUUCUUUUCUUAAAGCUUGAGGACAAGCUUGUCUAAAUGGGGGGAGUAUUGAUACGAUUCUUCAUAAGGAAGUAAGUGAAGAAGAGGAUGACGUGGACAGAUAUAAAGAAGAGAGCAAAUACUUGGAACGAGAAAGAGGCUUGGCGGUUAAGGAAUCAACUUAAAAGAGUCGUGAAGCUCUUCUUCUUCAUUAUGCUUAUUGUUGAAGAUUGUGAAUGAAGCGAUGAGCUUCUAACCAAACGAUGUGCUUGUAGAGAGAUCAAUGUUGAUCUCUGUAAUCGUUGCUUAGAUCUAUGUUGAUCUGAGUGUAUGAUUCUUAUCUUCUCUUUGUAAGUGUGAGCGUGUGUAAUCAAAGCUAUAGAUAUCUCAAAACUUAACACUGCAACUUCUCAA